AUGUUUAAAAGAAAGAAACUCCAUGAAAAUGAGUCCAAUAACUCUCCUUCAUUAAGCUCCCCUCAAAGUCAAGAAGAUGAUAUGGAAAUGGGUGGUUCAAGUACUUGUAAUGUACCAUUGGAGGAAAAUUGUGUUCAUUGGUUCAAGAAAUGGGAUUGGCUUGAGUAUAGUAUUGAAAAAGAUGCCGCAUUUUGUAUUGUGUGUUACUUGUUCACGAAUGAAGUUGAUAGUUAUUCGGGGGGUGAUGCAUUUGUUGAUGGAGGGUUUAGGGCAUGGAAUAAACCGGAAAGAUUUGAGAAGCAUGUUGGUGGAAUUAAUAGUGCUCAUAAUCUUGCUUAUGAGAAAUAUGUGAAUUUAAGAGAUGGAAAAAAAAAAUCAAUCUUGAAUGUGUUUGACAAUGCAAGUGAGGUGAUUAAGAGUGAAUAUUUUAUCCGCUUGGAUGCAUCUUUAACUUGUUUAAGAUUUCUUUUGGGGCAAGGUUUGGCAUUUCGUGGACAUGAUGAAAGUGGGGAGUCAUAUAAUAGGGGUAAUUUCCUUGAGCUUUUGAAAUGGUUAGGAGAAAAGGUUGAGGAAGUAAGACAACAUACUCUUGAAAAUGCACCUAAAAAUUGUCAAAUGAUUUCCCCUUCUAUUCAAAAGGACAUUAUUAAUUGUUGUGCCAAAGAAACAACUAGGUGCAUAAUAGAAGAAGUUGGUGAUGAUUACUUUGCCAUAUUAGCCGAUGAGUCAAGUGAUGUGUCCCAAAAAGAACAACUAGCUCUUGUUUUGCGCUUUGUUAAUAGAGAUAGUGGAAAGGUAAUGGAGCGAUUUUUAGGCAUUGUUCAUGUUGGUGAUACUACCGCUUUAACUCUUAAAGAUGCAAUCAUGUCUUUACUUGUUGAACAUUCAUUGAGUCCAUCUAUGAUAAGAGGGCAAGGGUACGAUGGAGCUAGCAACAUGAAAGGUGAAAUAAAUGGUCUUAGGACUUUGAUUAUGAAUAAUGAUACUCCAAGUGCCUACUACAUACAUUGUUUUGCUCAUCAACUUCAACUAACACUAGUUGCCGUUGCUAAAAAGAACGAUAGUUGUGGUUGGAUUUUUGAGAUACUUGCAAAUUUAUUGAAUGUGGUUGGAGUUUCUUGCAAGAGAAGAGAAAUGAUUCGACAAGAUCAAGCUCAAGAAGUUGCUCGAGCAUUGGAUGUAGGGGAUAUUGUGAGUGGAUCGGGUUUAAAUCAAGAACUUGGUUUGAAAAGGCCCGGGGAUACUCGUUGGAGUUCUCAUUACAAGUCUCUUUCAAACAUCAUCCUCUUAUUUCCUACAAUUGUUAAGGUACUUGUACACAUUGGGAAGCAUGGUGUAUCGGAAGAUAAGUUCAAAGCUCAAAUUGUUUUAGGACAAUUAGAGUCAUUUGACUUUGUUUUUAUUGCUUACUUGAUGUUGACUAUUUUUGGAUACACUAAUGAUUUGUGUGUUGCUUUGCAAAGAAAGGAGCAAGAUAUUGUAAAUGCCAUGGAACUUGUCACUUACACAAAAAUAGUGUUGCAAAAAAUGAGGGAGCAAGGAUGA